ACAAGAAAAAUAUAAUACUAACCUGGCUUAGAGCAGGAAGAACAUUUUGUUUCCUUUCUCUUUACAGCAGUGUUGUGCAUUCUUGAAAGAUAUCUUGUUUUCCUCCCUCAGUUUUCUCAUUUGUGAGAUAAAUAGUAUUCUUCUUGGUGCAUUCUGGGCUCCAGCUUCUUCUACAUCUGUCUACUAGGGUGCCAAGGGUUGGGCAGGGUACUCCAGAUGCUUUCUAUCUUGCAGACGCAGCAUAUUUGUAACGUUCAGUCUUGUUGCCUUUUAUCAGCAGUAUGACAUUGUGGAUUUCUUCAGCCUGUAAUUCCUUGUAACCCUUUUUUCUCUCAGCAUUUGUGAUCUGAUCAGUCCCUGUACAGGUAUAUGUGAUUACACCUAACUGUGUAAUCUCAGGCAGCUAGAAAAAAAUUAAAUAAUUCUACUAUAUUUUAGGCUGUUUUCUAUAACUGUUAAAUUUUCAGAUUACCAAUCCAAAAGAACAAUUCAAAGAUUCAGCUUGGUGAACAUUGUCUUUACACAUUUGGGCCAUUAAAAUAUAGAACAGUGUUGUCCUCAGGCCAGAGUUCUGUGGGACCCUACCUGUUGCUUUGCUCUGUUUAGGUAGUGAAUAAUUAAUCUUUAUAUUUGGCUAGCGUGCAGUUUUCUCAUUAUCCUAGAGUAGUUUCACGUAGGCCACAAGUGACAGUCAUUUCAACAUACAUUGUUAAAAAUGUUUUUAAUACGAUUUAUUACUUGAGUCAGUGUCUGUUUACUCACAGACAGUAAAUGAUCAACAAUUAUCUAGAGUGAUUUUUGCUUUGUGUGGUAGAUUUCCCCCAUCUGGUCCAGACGUUAAGCCGUGCAGCUGUUUAGUUCACAGCUAUCAGGGAAUGGUAGGGUGAACAGAAAGCGAGGAAAACAGCCGCAUCAGGGACAGUGCGAUGGUGUGAUUUAUGCUGGGCAGCCUGCCCAGGACUGGACUGCUAGAGGAUAUUUUUCUCUGCAGCAUUCGAGCGUGAUUUUAGAUCUGUUUUUAACUUUCUACAAGAAAAUAAACCUUUUUAACCACUAAUUGUGUGUCUCUUUCCACAUGUGUAGUUUCCAACUUGGUAUUAGGAGGAGAAAAAAAAUACAAAAUAGUCUGAGUGUUUGUUAUUUAGGGAUUGUUACUUAGCUGCCUUAUGCUGAGUGCAGUGCUGAAUACUUGAGUGACAGUCACAGCAGGGCUCGUGAGAAGGAGGGAAUAGAUCUGAAACUGCUUUCAGACUAAUUGGAAGAAGAGCAGCUCACCAAUAAAAUACGGCUUUCUACAAGACUUACUCGUGCACAUGCAAGGAGCGGUUGAGGGAUUUUAUAAGAAACUCCUUCUGCAUGCAUUUUUUUGCUGCUUUUUCUUGGUGGGCUUUAGGAUUCUGUUAAGGGGUGUUUUGGGGAGAUUUUACACUUCCAGACCCUUGUUUGGCUUCGGGCAGUUUCCUCUGGGCUUCCUGCUAAGUGAUUCUGGUGGCGGUUUUCACAUUGUUCCUCACUGAUGACUCAGAGAAACAGGAAAGAGAUCCCCUAGUGAACAAAAAGCACAACCACCAAACAGGUGCCUGGAUUUUGAUCUAGCAGAGACAAACCACCUCAUUCUGGAUUUUUUCCUAAGAUUCUUAUCUGCAAGUAUGAGACUCAAGAGGAAUGGUUCAUACACGCUGAAUGGGAAGUCCAAGGGAAAGCCAAACGGUAAAAAGCCAGCACCGGAAGAGAAGAAACUUUACCUAGAGCCAGAAUACACAAAAUCCAGAAUUACUGACUUCGAAUUUAAGGAGCUAGUGAUGUUACCACGAGAAAUAGACCUCAACGAGUGGCUAGCCAGCAACACAACAACUUUCUUUCAUCACAUCAACUUGCAGUAUAGUACAAUCUCAGAAUUCUGUACAGGAGAGUCAUGUCAGACCAUGGCAGUGUGCAAUACACAGUACUACUGGUAUGAUGAGCGGGGAAAGAAGAUCAAGUGCACUGCUCCUCAGUAUGUUGACUUCGUCAUGAGUUCAGUGCAGAAACUAGUGACAGAUGAGGACGUCUUUCCAACAAAAUAUGGCAAGGAAUUCCCAAACUCGUUUGAGUCCCUAGUGAAGAAGAUCUGCAAGUACCUGUUCCAUGUGCUGGCCCAUAUCUACUCCUCACACUUUAAGGAGACUUUGGCACUGGAGCUGCACGGACAUUUAAACACGCUCUACACACACUUUAUCCUAUUCAUCAGGGAAUUCAACCUCGUGGACCCUAAAGAGACCACCAUCAUGGAUGACCUCACGGAGGUCCUCUGCAGCAGCAGUGGGAGCAGCAGUAACGGGAGCGGCAAUGGGAGCAGCAACAGCGCAGGAGCACAGAACCAUGUGAAAGAGAGAUGAGCCCUCCUACAGGAUCAAAACUAACAUUAAAAACAAUAUUAUAUAUUCUGUGUGUAUGUAUAUGUUCAGAUAUACAUACAGACAUAUACAGCAAUGAAAGCUGAAAGAAAUUAUGCUGCCACCACAGGACACGUAGUCGUAUGGGACUGUAUGGAGCUUUGGUUUUAUGCGCCACCUGGCGAGAAGUUGCACCAAUUUUAUUUUUAUUUUCUGUUCACUCCUCUGUUCACCUAUUCAGAUGGAUGAUGAGUGCUGUUUUUAGAGAAGAGCCAAGCUUGAGAGUGGGGCCGCUCUUGGUUUUUUUGGUUGUUCUUUUUUUUUUUUUUUUGUCUGUUUGGUUGGUUGGUUUUUUGUUUUUCUUUCUUUGGUCUCGAGUGCAAGCCCUUUGUUUUUCUAGGAUGGUGGUCCUGCCAUUUAAAAAAUAUCUAUUAUAUUAUCAAAAGUGACUUUUAAGUGGCUUAAAAUGAAAGUUUGUUUGGGUUUUGUUUGCGGGGGGGUAGGAGUGUUUUUUUGGUUUGAUUUUACAUAGGCUGCCCCUUGCCCUGCCAAAUCUCCCCAGCUGAGUGCAUCUUGCCCUUUGUUAGCUUGGAGUGGAAAGAAACUCCUGGCUUGACUAGAGUAGCAAGUAGGAGCUUGCUACAUGUUGAAGGUGGGCAUGAUUCUCCAGUUGUCCCAUCUACUGGUCACAAUGUGUGAAUAUGCAAGAGGAUCCACAAGCCUUUCUGCUUAUUGCUCCUACAACACAUAUACUCUUUUCUCUGCUCCCCCUGCCUCCUCUUUUCCCAGGCACACCUGUACGAAUAAAAAGAUCUCUGAGUCCAGAACCUGUGUGCAAGAGCCACCACCAUUUGCUUCCCAUUGAACAGAGGCCCGGGGAGGGGGGAGAAGGGUACAUUGAGUCAGUCACCGCCUGUGCUAGAAAGAUGGCUGUUGGCAUAAAAUUAUAUUGUUGGCUUAUUUUAGUUCAUCUGUUCUAUAAUAAUAAAAACAAAUUUAUCAGCCAUAA